AUGGCUUCCCACAUCGGCAGGCCCGCAGUCGACUUCCUUCUUAAUGCGGCGCUCUCGGCCCAAGCGUCAAACAACAUCACCCUGGACAUCGAAGUCCUGAACCUACUGGAGGCGCCCGCCAAAUUCAGCUAUCAGCGCAUCUGCAUCAAUGCCAGGGAGAAGCGUGGGCUGAGCCGACAGUCCCUUAUCCAGUUUCCUGAUGAGAUACUGGACUACAAUGCCUUCACUGAUGUGUCCUUGGACGCGCCCGAUCCUGAAGCCGAGAGCUUGCUGCCGCUAUGCCAAAACGCUUACGACAUUGAUGUGCCGGAGUUCAGUUCACCUCAGCGUGUCAACACCGCAGAACUGAUGCUCGGCGUGGCGACUACCCUCAGCAGAGUAAGGGACAGUCUACCUACUUUCUCACGAUGGCUAUCCGAUACUGGCUCGCCAUUGGUGUGCCUCUUGGUGGACCAAAGGAACCUCGAGGAUAAGAAGAAAGACGUUGAGAAGGCGUACUCGGAAGCAGCAGCACUCGGCAUCGAACUCAUUCUGGAGCCAUACCGUGGCACUUUCGAGCAUGAUAGCGAGGGUCUCAAGAACUUCGGCCUCGCCACGGUCCUCGACAAACACCGUCGAGAGGAAACCAAGUGGUUCGGCAUCAUUGACGACGACACUUUCUUCCUGUCUUUGCCGCGUAUGCUCGAUGCUCUAGAGCCAUAUGAUCCGGAGAAGUUGUGGUACAUAGGAGCUCUCACCGAAGGUCACACUCGAGUGGCACAAGAGGGUUUCAAAGCUUGGGGUGGCGCUGGCUUUUUCAUAUCACCGCCUCUCAUGCAGACGCUUGCCGAGAAUGCCGUCGAAUGCACUCCGCUGGACAAGUUCUUUGGAGAUCUUCUCUGGCGCGAUUGCAUUCUUGAAGUCACCUCGCCUACUGUACACCUUACGGAACUGCGUGGCCUCAACCAGAUCGACUUGUGGAACGAUCUAUCUGGUUGGUACGAAGCUGGAUUCAAUCCUAUUCUGACGGUCCAUCACUGGAAGAGCUGGCACUUCUUCCCUAUUGCAGUCUCGCAUCUCGUCACCGACAUCGCCGGACCAGACUCUCUUUUGCAGCGCUACCAGUUCGGCAACAACACCGUCUUUACAAAUGGCUACAGUAUGGUCGACUAUCCAAAAGGACUGCCUGAUCUCAAUUUGGUCGAAUUGACAAUGACGGAGGACGUGAAUGUCAAACGACCGCCAGAACAGCUCGAAUUCCACCACAGCAUGGGCCAUACCAGGCCGGCACUGGACAUUGGCAAGGAGAAGAUCAGCUGGGAAUUCAAACAUGGCGUCAAAACUCUCGACGAGUCUGUCAGGCAGUUCUACGUCAACGAGGACGACAACGGUUUCAGCAUCAUUGAGAUCAAUUGGAGGCACGUUUGA